AUGCAGGCACAGAGGACUGCCGCCCUGCGGGUAGCCAGAUGCUAUAAGUCGGUGUCAGACAUAGCGACGAUGCUCUUGGCACAAAUGCCACCUGCCCCGCUCCUGGCUGCCGAGCGGAAGAGUGCCGCAGUGGCCAAGAAGAUCGGAAAGCCACGCACAAAGGCCGAACUAAGGAUGGAGGUCAUUCGUAAAUGGCAGACGAUGUGGGGCGCUACCCCUAAAGCAUCAUGGACCAAAACCCUGAUCCCUGACAUGAGCAGAUGGUGGCACUACGGCACAAAGUCCGUGACAUACCAUAUGUGUCAGGCACUUGCGGCCUACGACUGCUUCCAGAAAUAUCUGUAUUAA